AAUUUAAAGAUGGCCGACAACGAUUGUUGUUUUCAUUAAAAGAUAGACAAAUAUUGAAUUAUUUCUCUGUAUUUACAAGAUCGGCGAAAAAAUUUAAUUUACAAUAAUAAACGUUAACAAUUCCAUUUUAUAAUACUUUAUUAUGUUUUGUAAUUUAUCAAGUGUCAAAGUGCCAUAAUCAAAUGUGAUGUGAUAUCAACUUGUAUAUUGAAAAACGACAUUCGGUGUGUUAUCAGUGCGUGAUUAUUAAUGGCGGCAUGAUGUUAAUAAUAUUGACUAGAGCGUAGAAAUAGGAUCAUGAGUCGUGCCAGAGAACUACGACAACGUAGACAACAAUGGAUGACGGAACAUCCCCGGAAGCUCGCUGGGGAAUUAAAUAGAUCACAAAAAUUCGUCCUGGGACUAGCUGCAUUACUUAUAUUCGACAUAAUAUGGGUUUUUAAACUCGAAGUGCUAAAGACUCUUUAUAGAGGACCAGAAUUCGAAAAACCAUUUUUCAGUACCUAUGUAAGAUCUUCAAUGUUUACAUUGUAUCUUCUUGGUUUUUGCUUCUUUCCACCGUGGCGAGAUCAAUGCAAUCGUCCAACAACUUACAUGUACACAGAUCCAAAUGUAGAGGAUGAUAAUUUUUAUUCGGAGGCCAAUACAAGUUUGAGCGAUCCGACAUUUGUGCCGAUAAAAACUCCGGAUCAAUGUGAUCGUUCGUCGGGAACGGAAAGUGAUGAUUCCUCAAUAAGGUCAGUGAGAUUUAGCAAACUUGCUGAAGUACGUCACAUGUCGGAAACUGUAGCAACAGAAGCCGUUUUAGCGAGGUUGAGUUAUCAGGCGAGUGUUCGAGCCGGAGAAUAUGCAAGAAGACAGGCGAAUAAAUUUUCUGCCCAGAAAGUUGCCAAGAUCGCACUCGUAUUUUGCUUCUUGUGGUUCAUCGCAACGUACACGAACCAGUUGUUAUUAAAUGAAGCCGGAACAGGAAUAGUGACUAUUUUGUCUUCAUUAUCUAGUUUAUUUAUCCUAUUUCUUGCCGCAUGUUUCCCAAAUAAUGCGGGUGACAAAUUCACAUUAUCAAAAUUGGUUGCAAUUUCAAUCAGCAUUUUUGGUCUUAUUCUAGUUGGACUUUCCGAUUUUACAAUAGAGACAAGUAGAAUACCAACUAGUAUAAUUUUAGCUCUAGUCAGUACAUUAACGUAUGCAAUUUACAUUGUAUUUUUAACAAGAAAAGCGGGUAAUGAAGAAAAGCUCGAUGUACCAAUGUUCUUUGGUUUUGUUGGAUUUUUCAAUCUUACCCUAUUGUGGCCUUUAUUCUUCAUUCUUCAUUAUGGACGAUGGGAAGAAUUUGAAUGGCCCUCUCAUCAUCAAUGGACUGUUCUUAUUGUUAAUGGACUUUUUAACUUUCUCAGCGAAAUUAUUUGGCUCUGGAGCUGUUUUUUUACUUCGUCCCUUAUUCCAACAUUGGCUCUUGGACUGACAGUGCCAAUGUCAAUGAUGUUAAAUGUUUUCUUAAAAAAACAUACAUUUUCCUGCAUUUUUUACCUGGGAACUAUUCCAAUGAUUUUGGCAUUUAUAAUAAUAUCCCUUUUAUCAUAUUACGAUAAUUGGGAUCCAGUAUUAGAUCUGUUAAAAAGACUUUACAUUUGGAUCUGUCGCAGGAGCAGAGCAAUAAGAAUACCAGAUUUGGAAGCUGAACAAACCGAAUCAUUGAUCGGCAUGAACAGUGGCGAGCAUGAAGCUUAAAUUUAAAAGACAAUAAUAACAACAACAACAACAAAUCACGGUACUUACGUUUUGAAAGCACUAACGUGAAACAAUAGAUCUUUUAUUAUAUAUCUAGAUUUUUUACGAGCUUUUCCAAUAAGCACAAAAAAAAGAAAAAAAACAGCAACAACAGUAAAUUUUAACAUCUAAUAUCACAAUUAGAUUGUACUUUCCAAGAAAAACUACAAUCAUAUUGAUAUUACAAAAAAAGAUGAAAAAAAACGUUUUUCCUCGAAACUUUGUAAACAAUAUUUUUGAAAUCUAUUUUUCAAUUUAUAAUAAUGUAAUCACACAUUAUUGCAAUCUAGAGAGAUAUUUUAAUAAUUUUUCAAAUUCAAAAAAAACUUUUUUCAUCUCAAAAAUGAUUUUUUAAUUCUGAAAAAAAUUUUUAAAAAAUCCUUUUGUUUUUGAUGAAAAAUAUCUUUUAAUGUCUCUCUUGAAAAAAAGAAAUGAUACCAGAAGAAAAAGAAACGAUAUGUACAGGAAUGUUAUUUUCUAUAGAAAAAAAAUCGUAUUCUUUUGAAUAAUUUAAUUGCAAAUUUUUAUUCGCUGUUGAAAAAAAAGAAGAGAACUAAAAGUAUACAUGUUGAGCUUGUUCAGAGAUAUAAAUUACAGAAUCGUAUAGCAUAAAAAGAAACUGGAAGAAAAAGUAUAAUAAUAGAAUAUUCCGCUAGAUUAUCGUUUCAGAAAAAAUGUUUCGAGCGAUUUACGACACAAAAAUCAAGUCUGAAAGUGAAAAGAAACCACACACGUCUAUAUAAUAUAAAAAGAAAAAAAUAAUAAUUUACACAAAAAAGUAAUAAUUACAAAAAAUAUUAAUCUACCUUUUAAGCUCAAAAUCUAGAAAACUGUACGUAAAAAUAUUAAAUUACAUUCGUGAAUUGAAUAUUACAAAAUAUAUAUAUAUAUAUAUAUAUAUCUCUUACGAUAUGUAAUUUUUCGACCACAUUUUAUCCACUUUGCUGUUUGCGUCCUGCUGUGUUACUUACAUAAAAAAAAUAAUAUAAACAAGAUUCGGAAUCAAUGCACAAAUGAAUCGAAUUUAAUUUUUUAAAAAAAUGUAUUAACAAGCACUAAAUAAUAAUUCGGAAACGUUAUCAAUUAGAUUUAUCGAAAUGUAUAUAAUUAAAAAAAAAAAACAAUACAAAAUAUUUUUCGUAAUCAAAUAAAAAUACAAUUCUCAAAAGAAUUCGAUUCUUUAAUGACAAAAAAAAAUUGUUUCCGAAUCUUUUGUUAAAAAAAAAAAGUGAUUCUUGUAUACAUAUUUGUAAGAAUCUUUUCUUAUUCAGAAAAUUAUUGAAAUCUGAUCUUCGAUAUAAAACUGUUCUCACUAGAACUGAUUUUAUCGAUGAAAUUUUUUAUUUGAAUUAAAUAACAAAUAUAAUUUAUCUUUUCAUUUAAUUAAAUAAUGAGUAUCACUUUUUUUUCUAAUUGAAUAAAUAAUUUUUUUCUUUAAUUAAACAUUAAUUUAUUUAUUUAUUUUUAUUUAAUUAAAGAAAAAAAAUUUAGCUACAUUUUAUUUUAUUGAUAAUUAUGUACUUAGUUAAUAAUUAUUGACAAAAAUUAAUUUUUAAGUCUAGUCUUUAAUUUUGACGACAUCGUUAGUGAGAGACACAUAUAUAGCUUUAUAUUAAUUCCUCUUUUUAUUUUUUGUUGAAAAAAGAAAUUAAUUAAAAUGAAAUUUCGUUAAUUAUUAUUGUACGUCGAAAAUUCGACGUUUGUAUAUAUAUAUAAAAAAAAAAUUAUAACGAUCACAAUUUUCUAAACUGAUAGGAAAAAAAAAUCAAAAUCUUUGGAAAACUGUGAAAUUCUAGUCAAAUAAGAUUAAUUUCUUUGAAAUUUUCGAAUGUGCAAUUUUAUUUUGAAAUAUUUACGAUACAAUCAAAUUUUGUGUAAAAAAAAGAAAGAAAAACAAUAAUUAUCACGCACAUGAAAUAUUUUUUAUUAGCGCCACAAUUUCUAAUCAAAGUCUAUGCUUGGAAUUCAGAAAAAAAAUGAAACUAUAUUAAUUAAAAUAUUAAAUUUAAUAAUUAUUUCAGAAAAAUAAGUAAAUAUUCUUUAAAAAUUAAUUUUUACUUUGACAAAUACGAAAAUUAUUAUUUUCAAACUAUUUUGUCAAUGAAAUUUUUACUGAAUUCGAGCAUUUAUUUUUGACAGAGACUGAAGCGGCGAAUCUGCGAAAUGAUUUUUUAAAAAUGAUAAAGUCGCAAAAUUUAUAAUAUAAUUGUGCGAAUGUUUUUAUACAAAAAAAAGAAUAGAGACGUUUGAAUAUUCCUUAUAAAUAAUAAUUAUAUUUUCCAUUUUAGUUUAAUUGAAAUAUAAAGAAAAUAAAAAAUGAAUAUCGAAAACUAAUUUUUUAAAAAUUAUUUUUAAUAGUAAUUUUUUUUAUUAUUAAUUAAAUUAACAAAAAUUUGUUUUUUUUUCUUAAAUUUUUUAAUUAAUCGAAAUUAAAUUUUGAGAAUAUUAAAAAAAAAAAAACUAUUAUUUCAUUUGAAAAUUUUUUAAAUAUGUAAUAAAUUUUUUAAGGCACAAUAUUCACGCGUCUCUAAAAACAUGACUACUUUUCCAUUCCAAAAUUAAUUGAAACUACUUCCUUAUAAAUAUUUGUAAGAUUUCCCAUUUUAUUAUACAUAAAAAAAUAUUUCUGAAUAAUUAUUUGUCCGCAGCAGAAAUAAAAUAUAGCUUGGUAUUGUGAUAAUAAAGAGAAAAAACGAAUGUGGGUGUGCAACAAAAAAAAAAAAAAACGAGACAAUUCUAUACAAAAAAAAAAAGAUGUAAAAUCCUAGUUUACAGACUAUAAUCAUGUUAUUGAAUGUAAUUGUUCCUUUAUAUAGGUGUAUAUUUGAUGUAAAUAUUCUGUAUAAUUGCGCUUAGAAAUUGUGUAAACGAUGUAUAAAUUAUCUCUCUCUCUAUACAUAGAUAAUAAUAUAUAUAGAGAGAGAAAGAGAGAGUACGAUUAAAGAACAAAAAAAAAAAAAAAAACAAAAGUUAGUAAUCAAUAAUACAAAAUAAAUCUGAUAUAUAAAUAUAGAAAAUAAUUAAGAAUACAUCUUUUUUGAUAAACAAUGUCCUAUAUUUAAUUUCAAUGAUUCUUUCAAUUGUUUCUAAUAAUAUAUAUUAAUAUCAAGCACAAAUCGUCAAUCAAAUAUAUUCAUUUGAUUUCACUUAUUCCUUAUCAUAUAUUUUUUUUUUUUUUUGCAAAAUUUCUUAUCUUUUGGGAAAAUCUUAUCACGUAUGACGAAACUGUAAAUAAACUACAAAAUGAUCUGCCAUACACGGAAAUUUCUUUUAACAGUUAAAUAUUUAUCAAUUCAAAACAAAAAUCUCUUUUAACAAACAUAACCUCAACAAUAUUUUUUGACUUGACAAUAUAGACAUUGUAAAUAAUUCUUAUGAAAUAAAUUAAAAAUACAUUCCCUUAUAUUUAUUUUCAAUUAAAAAUAAUAAAUUAAAAUUUAAAUAAUAAAUAAUUAAUUUUUAAUGUUUAUUUUUGGAAAAUAAUUUUUUAAAUAAUAAACUUAAAUUUAAAAAAACGCGCCGUUUUCCAUGAAUUGAAGUAUGUGAACCCCGUGGCGCGUUGUUGUGAUCUAACAUGGCGGAGAGUAGUGUUGUUGCUGUUCUGUGUCUACGUCAAUUUUAGCGCGAUAUCAAGCACACACGAGACAGAAAGAACGAUGCUGAGUGCUUCUAAAUCGUCGAGAGUUCGUAGAAAGUAGAUUUAUUAACGGAGACAGUUGUGUCGCGAAAUUGUGCUACGUGUUACAGAGUGAAACUCUCGCGAAACCCCGAGGAUAUACACCAAGGCACAGGAGAAUUCGUCUUCGCAAAGGAUCUCGACGACAAUACCCCUCACCCACCGUUAAAGCCCCGUCCGUCCCCUCAUCCUUCAUAUUAAAAAAAAGAGUCGCGUCGAAUUUUUCAAGUUUUCACAAAAAAAAACAAUUUUGUUUCCCGCGUUCUUAUAUUUACCUGGAGAGUAUCCUUAUGCAACGUUUCACGUAAACACCCUCUGGAAGGAUAACUUUCUCUCCCCUAUAUUACAUGUCUGAACAUGCAAUUCAGGUAAUCAAAAAACUUCUCAAAAAUCAUCGUAUUUGAAAGUUUUGCAAAAAAAAAAAACAAAAGUCCUUGAAAACGAGUUUAAAAAACUUUUCAUCAUAAAUAUUUCUGGAGUGUAUAUUAUUUUUAACUUACUGUCUGAAAAAAAAUAUUGGCCAUCAACAAUUUUUUUUUUUUUUUUUUUUUUUUGGUGAAAUGUACAAAUGAUUUCCUCGGCGAAGAUUCAUAGACACUUUUUAGUUUAAAUGUGGAAAAUUAGUUAUUGAAAGUUGAAAUAAAUUUGCAAAUAUGAUAAUUGAAUUAAGUGUGAUUAUGAAUUGGUGAAAAAAAAAAUAAUAAAUAAACAAUUGCGGCACCUAGUGAAUUGAAAGAAAAAGUGAAGAAGAUCCCUUUGAAAUAAGUGAUAAACGUGAAAAA